AUCUUAUCGCGCAAGCAACGAGGCGUCAUCUCCUUUUCCACUUCUUAAUCAUCUUCUUCUUGUACGCUCCACUCACCCACCGAGCUUGACGCUGCUCUCUCUCCGCGGCGCGGCGGCGGCGGAGUCGGAGUCGUCGGGAGGAUGGAUCGAGGUGACAGGGAGGUAGCUGAAGAGAGGGUGGAUCAAGAACCGGAGGUGGAGGUCGAGGAGAAGGAGGAGGAGGGGUCCAAGGCGGGAGAGGCCGACACGGGCACGGGCACGGCGGCGUGCGACUACUGCGGCGGCGCGGUGGCGGCGGUGUACUGCCGGGCCGACACGGCCAGGCUCUGCCUGCCGUGCGACCGCCACGUGCACGGCGCCAACGCGGUGUGCUCCCGCCACGCGCGGGCCCCGCUCUGCGCCGCCUGCCGCGCCGCCGGGGCCGUCUUCCGCCGCGCCGCCGCGGGCGACUUCCUCUGCUCCAACUGCGACUUCGCCAGGCACCGCGGCACGGCGCCGCUCCACGACCGCUGCACGGUGCAGCCGUACACCGGGUGCCCCUCCGCGCUCGACCUCGCCGCGCUCCUCGGGGUCGCCUGCUCCGACAAGGCGGCGGCGGCGGCGGCGGAGGGGGGAGACGGCGGGUGGUGGGCCAUCUGGGAGGAGCCCCAGGUGCUCAGCCUCGAGGACCUCAUCGUCCCGACCACUUCCUGCCAUGGAUUCGAGCCUCUCCUCACGCCAUCCUCCCCCAAGAAUCAAAGCUCGUCGGAUCUGAAGGUGAGUGAGGAGAUCAUAAGACAGCUAACGGAGCUCGCCGAUUCGGACGGUGGCGCGCUCGUAGAGGCUCAUCGUGAGGCGGCAGAGCCGGCUGGUGAUCAGCAGUUGCCUUCAUGGGCAACAUCACAGCAACAGCACAUCGCUGGACAUGGCAAUUUUGGUACUGAGAACACCAAUGAUGUUACAACCAUGCCGACACCUGGCUAUGAGAAUGCUGGAUGGGACAACAGUGAUUACCAUGUGCUAAAUGAUUCAUGCAAGAUCGAGUUCACAUAUGAGCAAGCUCCAGUCAGCUCAGCUGAAGCAUGCCUUUCAUCAUUCGUUCAGAUAUCUCAACUUUGUCCCAGCAUGAGCAAUGGUGGCAACAUGGAGGACACUCGCCAGACAAAUCCUGAAAAUGGCACACCAAUGCAAGUCCACCCCAAGAGGCCUGAAAUAGUUCCUUGCCCCGACAGGAACUCCGUCAUUUCACGCUAUAAAGAAAAGAGGAAGACAAGAAGAUUCGACAGGCAGGUCCGGUAUGAGUCUCGAAAAGCUCGAGCUGAUAGCAGGCUGAGGAUUAAGGGCCGUUUUGCGAAAACGAAUCAGAUUUGAGCCUUAAUAUAUUUUGCAUCUUGUACAUGAGAAUACUAAAUAGGACCAAACCAUAAAGUACAAGAAAAUCUCAGUAUUUUGUAUGUACCCAGCAACCCACCCAGUGGCCACACUAUACCGAGGAGAAUCUGUUUUUUAUGUACCCAGCAACCCACCCAGUGGCCACACUAUACCGAGGAGAAUCUGUUUCAUCGAACUCAGUAUUAUGAAGUCAAUGAUACUUCUUACAUGCAAAGGGUAUUGACAUUAUGGUUGUUUGCCCACAGCUUUACUGCACUCUAUCUCAGUGUUACUGCAAGGAGAUUUGCUCUAGUCCAACAAAAAGUACCUACCAAAUCGUUUUUCACUGUUGGAUUUAGCUGAAUAGGAUGUGCACUGUUAGAUCAAUAAUCAUAAGUGAUUUGGUACCUCGAGAGGUACCUCGAGAUACUUUUUGUUGGACCGAAACAAAUCUAUAUUGCAAAAGCUUAUGAUGACCAGUUUAAUUGUGUCACA